UGUAGGCACUGUGCACUACACAUGAUAUGAUAUUAAUUCAUAUUAGAACUGCAAACACUCAUACAUAGUCCUCCCUUUAUAUUCCAAAUCGCCUACCUCCAUCCCACCUCAAUACCCUUAUGUUUCUGAACGUAAUCAGUAAGUGUGCAAUGGCUGAACAGUGCAAUGAAACCUCUGUUGCGACAUCUUCUUCUGCAGCAAAGUGGUGGCCGGAUGUACAUUCAAGUUCUCUCGGCUCCUGGACGACCGGUGGUGCUAAUUUUGCAAGUAACCAGCCAUGCACCAACCCUCAAGACCCUAACUCGAAUUGCUCUGGUGGAGAUGAAGAUGUUUCUAUUUCUACUUCGUUUACAACCAAUGCUUCAAACAACUCUGGGCUUAGCAUGGAGUCUUCUCGAGGUCUUGUAGAGAAAGCUUCCACCACUGACUUGUAUGGAGAGGCGGUUUCUGAUAAUCAUCAUCUCUGGAAUCAAGUUUUCAUGGGAGUGGGAACUACAGAGGAACUGCAGAAUAUAUCCACUCGGAUGUUUGAACCAGCUGCUUGCGAUUAUUUGAAGAAGAUGGACAGUGGAUGGGAGUUUUCAAGCCCAACAAAUCUCCACCAAUUUCAAAAGAGUUUUAAUGGAUUCAACGAUGGCGUAUUUCAAACUAAGAAUCCAUCUUCUGUAAGUACUUGGUCGAUUGCGCCCCCAGAUGUGGAAACAAAUCCACAAUUUGAUCCAUACAGCAGUCAAUUUACAACCAUCAAGAACGAACACACAGAUAGUACUGAUAUUGAACGUGGGGGGUUACUCCGAAGAGGAUUAAGUAGUCAUGCUAUUGAAUAUCAAGCAGAAAUCAACGACAUGGUUGUUGCUGAUAAUAACAAGUAUUAUUACAAUGGUAUGCCGGAUUUGGAAUGUGCUAACGGAAGGGGUUUUGUUGAUUUGGUUGCUUUUGGCAGCUCUUUAAACAAGCCACCAUCAGGUAUUGUGAAUUUGCGGGACCAAAGGAAACCAGACAUCAAUAGUUCUUAUCAGCCAAUAAGAGGAAGAAACAGCAGCACACUUACUAAAGUCAAUGGAAGAGGGAAUGGAGUUGCGAAUGAUCAAGGAAAAAGAAAGAAAUCAGACGACCACUCUGGAUUACUAGUAAAGAAGCCUAAGGUUGAGACAUCUACAGUUUCAUCAACUAAGGUUCAGCUUCCUAAAACAAAGCUUGGGGAUAAAAUAACAGCACUUCAGCAAAUAGUAUCACCAUUCGGCAAGACAGAUACAGCUUCUGUAUUAUGGGAGGCUAUUGGUUAUAUCAAGUGCCUACAAGAGCAAGUAGAGUUAUUGAGCAACCCAUACAUGAAGACUAAUAUCAUCAAGGACACAUGGGUGAGAUUCGAAGCAACAGAUCGAGGAGAUACAAAGCUAGAUCUUAAGAGUAGAGGUUUGUGCUUGGUUCCCACAUCAUGUACUCCUCAAGUGUACCAUGAAAACAAUGGAUCAGACUAUUGGACUCCAACUUAUAGAGGAUGUUUCUAUAGAUAGAAGGAUUUAUAUCUGUUUAACUUCGGAUAGAUAAGCUCAAGGCAACAACUUGUUUGGCUAUUUAAUUUUUCGCAAGAAUUUAUCGUAUAUCAAGGUCUUUGUCGUGAAUUAUAUUAGUAUAUAUAUGGAUCUAUAGUUCAUGUAUAAAGCUAAGUAAUCUAAUUAACUAUCUCCAAAUGUAACACAUAAAAUGGAUAGUUGAUAGUGAAAUUCAUAUCCUUACUUUUACUAA